AUGUGGAAGAGGGCUUCCGAAGCGCUAAAAGACCAAUGCAGUCUUUUCAUAACGAGCCUGGCUCCUUGUUCAGUGCUUCGGAAUCCUGACAUAGAGGCUGAUGUCAUAAAGGCCACCAGCCACGAUGACUCCCACAUUGAUUAUGUCAGCGCCCAACGCAUUUUCAUGUGGAUUCGCGUUUCCGGUGACUACGUCAAUCCAGUAAUGCUGUCGCUUUCCAGCAGGAUGAAAAGGACCCGCAGCUGGACGGUGGCCUUGAAAGGCCUCAUGCUUUUGCAUGGGGUUUUCACUUGCAAAGUCCCUGCGAUUCAAAAGAUCGGUCAAUUACCGUUUGAUCUUUCUAACUUCAAAGACCGCAACCCCGAUAUGCGCCAUCACGAAGCCUUUAUUCGUGCGUACUACACGUAUCUCGAGAAAAAGUCGUUGUUCAUGUUCCAUCAUUUGCAGGAACAGGAAGAAGAAAAGAGGAAAAAGGAAAAGGAUUUGAGCGAAAUGGAAAAGAAGCAGAAACAAUCUUCCAUGAUGCAAGAUCUCGAAUGGAUCCAGAAACUUCAAGGUUUGCUCGACGUUUUGCUCAAGAUCAGACCGCAUCGAGACAGCAUGAUGAACGUGUUAGUUCUCGAGGCAAUGGAUUGCAUCAUGAUCGAGAUCUUUGAUAUUUACAGUCGUAUUUGUAACGGGAUCGCUGCGGUUCUGGUGAGGAUAUACACCACUAACACCACGAAAGCCGAAGCCACAAAGGUAAUGUCGAUUUUGAAAAAAGCAAUGGUUCAGGGCGAGGAUCUGUCGCAAUACAUCAACCUGUGCAGCGAUCUCGGGGUUAUGAAAGCGAAAAAAUUCCCGAAAAUCCACCGCAUCCCUGAAGAAGAUAUUCGAGAACUCGAGCACAUUAUCAAAAAAGAUUCAGAUCAACCAAAAACCAAACAAAUUAUUCGAAAAGACGACGAGAAGAGCAAGAAAACAGUUGAACAAAAGGAAUCCAAAGGCGAUUCGGAAACCACAAUCACAGUUAAUUGGGAAUUUGUGGAGGAAGAACGGAAAUCGAACCAUGAUCCAGAUCCUACCCUUCCGGCCACAGAAAAUGAUGCCGGAAUCCAUCCUUUGGCCAAGGAAGCGCCGGAUUUGAUGACUUACGACUCUGAGGGUAUGAAAUCUGAUGAAGACCCUCCGAUUGAACGUGGAUGA